UCUCCACCGUGCACCUCCCAUUUUCUUAUCUUACACGUCCAUCAUCCUCCGGGUCUACUUUGUAGGGACCUCUGGUUCCCACCAGUUCUGCAGUCGACUUCGUUACUGCUACCACAACCACGGGUGUGUUGCAGUUGCACUCCGGCUGUUGUGGUUGACUGGGGUUUGCGUCCUCAACUGGGGUUUUUGGAGGAUUUUGUGAAGUUGGAUUUGUCGAAUUUGCUGGGGUGAGUCUUGUGCUCUUUUGGAAGCUGGACAUUGUAGUUUAGAUUUGAGGAGAAAUGGCGGUAGUUGGCUCAGUGGCUGCUCUUCAAGGUGUUGCUGCUCUCAAUGUCUCAAGUAGCAGCAAUGCAGCUGUGGUCUCCACAGCCUCCUCGGCUUCGGCCAUGUUCGGCUGCAUGCCAGUUUUGAAGUCUAGGUCAAGCCCUUACCUCCGAAAAGUUUCUGCCGUGUCUGUACGGGCCGUUUCCUUGGAUCCGUUGUCGGGGAUGAUGGACACCGAAGGAUUUGGAGAGGGGAUGGACCUAGGUCAAAGGGAAAUCAGGCAGUACCCUCCUGGCUUGCAGCGCUACGAGACCAUGACCGUGUUGCGUCCCGACAUUACCGAGGAACAGCGCCUUGCUCUCACACAGCGCUACGAAGAGUCCAUCAUCGCUGGAGGUGGAUUGGAUGUGGAGAUGUUUAACAGGGGUAUGCAGCCCUUGGCAUACAACAUCAAGACCAAGAACAUGGCAGGUUUUGCAAACCGAUACUUGGACGGAAUCUAUUUGUUGUUUACAUAUGUGACCAAGCCAGAAAGUCAAAAGGCUAUUCAGGAUAGGCUGAACCGGGACGAUGAUAUUAUCCGCUCCACAACAUUCAGGUUGAAGGCUUAGUGAAGGUUUUGACACUUUAGAGUAAAAUGACAGAUUUGAGUUUGAGAGCUAUUCACCAUCCUUCACUCGUUAUUUUUGGCCUUGACACUGGUGUUAUCAAUACUCAUUAGGAACAUCUGAUAGGAAAAUCAACCAAUCAUUGUGCAGGGUCAUGUGAACUUGACACACAGACUGAUGGUUUUUUUGGAUAAAUGCUUACCAUUAUAUUUCAGAACACUCAGUUAGAUUUUCUGCGUCCGUUUGCUAAUUGCAUUUUUACUUUCUUCGUGUAGAUGUAACACUAUGACCAUCACAAAGUGUUCUUCCCAUGUGCUCAAUGUUUAGGAGCGUGUUAUUUCCACCAACAGUUCAGGUGGACAACGUAAUAUAUUCACCCAGUUGCAGUUCAUAAA